UCUAAAUUCAACAGGGUGCUUUCCGUAAAAUUCCAAUAAAGCCUACUCCAAAAUAGAAGAGCCAAAGCCCUCCCUUCUCGCCGCCGUUCCGUUGCAUUUCGCCCCCGGCGACGUCGCGAGAAGCUCCUACUCUACCUAGAAAUCCACCGAAACCCUAGAAAUAGGACGGGCUCAGAUGGCCGAUCCGAGGACCUAUGGGGGAGAUGACGCCGAUCGUAGACAGGAUUCGAGCGGACGGCGGUUUUACAACCCCUACCACGAUCUUCAGAUCCCCCACCGCACCCUCUACGACCUCCCCACGUCCCCGGAGUUUCUCUUCCAGGAAGAAUCCCUCGCCGAGCGCCGCUCCUGGGGCGAGAACCUCACCUACUACACUGGCAUCGGAUACCUCGCCGGGUCUGCUUCCGGCGCCUCCCUCGGCAUCCGCCAUGCCCUCCGAUCUGCGGAGCCCGGGGACACCACGAAGAUCCGCAUCAACCGCAUCCUCAACUCCUGCGGCCAGGACGGCCGCCGGAUCGGCAACCGCUUCGGCGUCAUCGGCCUCUUGUACGCCGGGCUCGAGAGCGGGAUGGUCGCCGCGAGGGAUAAGGACGACUGGGUCAACAGCGUCGUCGCCGGGCUCGGUACCGGGGCCCUGUUCAAGGCCGCCAACGGGCCGCGGUCGGCGGCGGUUGCCGGCGCUAUCGGAGGAUUGAUGGUUGGAGCUGCUGUCGCGGGGAAGCAGAUUAUGAAGAGAUACGUGCCAAUCUAGGGAAACUUGCGUUAUAUUCUGAACCAGAUGAGUUGUGGGGUUGGAGACAAUUGGAUCGGUUGUCACCUACUUGAGUCUGGUUGGAUGUCUUUUUAUUAGAACCACAUGGAAGAUGUCGUAGUGAUGAUAUUUUAAGAAAAGCUUUGCAUGAAAGGGAUUCGAAGGAAAGAAUUGUAUCAUGUUAAGUUAUUCAUACAUUCUAAAAGGCAUCUGAUGUCCCUUUUAGAUUUCAGUGGUAGCACGUUCUUCGCAA